CUAAAAUAAAAAUCUUGUUCUAGAAAUGAAUACUAUCAAAGAGCUGAGUGAAGUGACAUGUGACAAACUAGAGAAUACAGAGAUUGAAAAAGAGAACUCAUUCACAUACGAAGAACCUCAUUAUGUUGUUGAUUAAGAGAUGGUAAUGAUUCUAUUUUAAAUGAACUAGUUGGAAGAAUAGUAGGAUGAUAUUCAGUUGUAAGUCUAUUCACCAUAGUAGUUAUUACAAUUAAAAAAACCAAACCCUGUUAAUUUUGAUGAAUUCAUUUUGGACGAAGAUCCUAAAAAGAAAGUGUGCACCUGGUAGGAAAACACUACAGCCGAGUAAUCAGAAGUUCAAAUGAUGGGAGAUUUGGAAAGACUAGCCGAACAAUUGCAAAGGGAUAAUCAGAAGAGAUAUUCCUAUCCUAAGAAUCUCCCUGCUCCUUCCAAUGUCGACUAUCAUUUAGAGGAAUUGAACAUGCGUUUUACUCCUUCUUAAAAGCAAGAUGAAUUCAUUUCAAAUUACGUAAAAGGGGACGACCUGCUCAGAAUCAAGGUUGGAUUAUGUGAUGAAAUUUUGAACGAUGAAGAGACCCUAAAAUUUGAAGAUUGGGUUGAAUAAUUGUGUACAUCAACCAAUUAUGAAUCUCUUAAGGAAAUGGCAAGGAAAUAGAAAGUUAAGAGAUAUCUAGAAAAAAAACAUAAUCGUACUUAUGAGAAGAAAGUGCACUAUCACAUUAGGUAGAAGGUUGCUGAAGAAAGACUGAGAAUCAAAGGGAGAUUCGUUACUUGGGGCUAGGUAAUAUAUUUAAAUAAUCCUUUUUAGGCCUUAAACAUGCUAAAUGAACAAGACUAAAGGAAAUCUUGGAGUUAUAAUGAUUACGUCAAAAUCAAAGGCUUAUUGAGUGAGAGGUUUGGAGGAAUCAAAAGCGAGAAAUCAUUAAGAUUUUGAUUGUUUCAAACUUUUGUGUAUUUAAUAUU